CCGUACAGCUCGCUGUAGCCGCGUUAGGCUACUUCCGUUCCGCAGAGGGCGACAGGCACCAGCCUAGACUGUGGCGGAGCUCCAGACACAAUAGACGGGGGUUCCAGCUCAUCUCCAAAUCCAAACCGGUAUGUCGGAUGAGGAUUCCCGUGCCAGCACCAGCUCGUCUUCAUCGCCGCCUUCCUCCAGCCAAACCAGACAGAGGGACGUACUUUGCAAAAAGAAACGGGAGAGCAAAGCCAGCAUGAGCAAGACCUCCAAGCUACUUUCCACCAGCGCCAAAAGGAUUCAGAAAGAGCUGGCUGACAUUACUCUGGACCCUCCGCCGAACUGCAGCGCCGGCCCCAAAGGAGACAACAUCUAUGAGUGGAGGUCCACCAUCCUGGGACCCCCGGGCUCCGUGUACGAGGGGGGCGUCUUUUUCCUGGACAUCGCCUUCACCCCCGACUACCCCUUCAAACCCCCCAAGGUAACCUUCCGUACGAGGAUCUAUCACUGCAACAUCAACAGUCAGGGGGUGAUCUGUCUGGACAUCCUGAAGGACAACUGGAGCCCCGCGCUCACCAUCUCCAAGGUGCUGCUGUCCAUCUGCUCCCUGCUCACAGACUGUAACCCAGCCGACCCUCUGGUGGGAAGCAUCGCCACCCAGUACACGACGAACAGAGCGGAGCAUGACCGGACAGCCAAACAGUGGACGAAGAGAUACGCCACAUAGACCCACAGAGGACGGUGGGGGGGAAGGGGGAGGGGCGUUUGUGUUGGGGGGGGUUAUUUCUAUCUCAGAUUUUUAGUACUUUAUUGUCUGGUCUAUUUUUUGCUUCCUGAUUAAGUUAUCUCUACAAAUAUGGUAAUAAAGGAACACAAUGGAAAGGAA